CCCAAAUCCACGCGGCGGCCAAUGAUACUGGUAUGCGAGGACCCAUUUUUUCAGGCAUCUGCCAGUCGGAAGCGAGGAGCAACCAUCCCACCCUGUUGCUUGCUUGACUUCGCGCUAGGCGGGGUGGUUGGUCAUCCAGAAUCCUGGUCUGAGAGGAAACGACCCUUGGAGAGAUUAACAAACCGGCCGUGGGGAACUGGAUUCUGGAUUCUGGCGUAGCAACCGACGGGGUUGGGGUUGGGUUUAGGCAAACGCGUUUCUGCAUACACUAUAUCUUUGCUCAAUUGACUUUCUCGGAUGGUCUUGGUAUUUGUUUAUUCAAGCCUUUGUUGACGAUUUGAGAAGGACGUGAGAAAAUGGCGCGUCACCUCGUCGGCUUCGCUGCCCUCGCGAUGGGACUCAUCUUAGGUACAACCGCCCAAGAACCCCAAAUCCCAUCCGCCUGCUCAAACAGCGCCUCCCUCUCAAUUCCCAUCGCCACCCAAUCCGACAUCUACACCCUCCUCAACGCGGGGUGCACGACACUAUACGGGCAACUCCGUAUCCAGAGCAGUUUUGAGGGCGAAUUCGUUCUCCCCAAUGUGACGACCAUUAAAAUCGACGGGAUCGUCGUUGAAGAUGACGGGGAUUCGCGUGUCACGGCUAUUGAGCUGCCGGAUCUUGUUGAGGUAUCGAAUUCGAUUGUACUGGGGACGCUAGGAAAGGUAAGACGGGUGUCGAUGCCGAAGCUCAAGACGAUUCCGGGGAAUCUUUCGGGGAAGCUUUGGGUGGAGAAUUCGACGGUUGAGUUUGAUGCGUUGGAGAGUGCUAAGGGGUUGGAUCUUGUGGGGAAUCUUACGGGUCUUGACUUCCCAUCAUUGCGGAAGGUCAACAAAACAAUUUCGAUAUGCAAUGUUCCGGGCUGCGAUCUGGAGUACAAUGUUGCGCGUACCGCGAUGGACAUAUCGUUCCCUGUGCUCGAGUCUGUUGGUGUGUUUUACGUCAAGGGGACGGCGUCAAGGAUCUCCGCGCCAAACCUCACUGCCGUCGGGAUGCUGCCGACGGUUUUUCCAACUGCAGGAAAUGCCACCAACAUGACAAACUCCACGAGCGUUGCGAAUACUACAGGUACCCUGGAUACCAACAGCACUAAUCUUGAGUCCCGAAGUACCACUGGCCAGCAGGACGUGCUCCAGGGUCUGAACCUCCAUCUUGAGAACGUGCCAUUGAACAUCAGCUUUCCCAGUCUUGUCAAUGUGACGCCGAGCGCGGACUUCAAGGGUCCUUUGCUUAGCCUGAACCUUCCAAACAUGACAACCUACCCUGAAAACUUCACUGUGCACACCACCGAGAGAGCAAAGAUUACCCUCCCCGUCAUCCACGCGCAGAACCUCGAGUUCCAAGGGUGGAUGGAAAUCCUAAACCUCACACACCUCCACGAACCCUUCUCCCUAACCGUCUACUCCGACGAAACCAUCCAAUGCAGCGACAUCACCGUUCCCGGAGGCGCACGAUCCCAACCAAACGUCUACUGCUCCGACUUUGACGGCCCAUACACGUACAUCCCCUACCACAAGCCCGGGCUCAACACGUGGCAGAAGGUCGUUAUCGCAGUUGGCGUGAUCGUCGCCGUGGCGGUGAGUGUCCUUGCGGGAAUCCUGCUAUGGAGACGGCGCAAGGCGAAGAAGGGGUUGAAGAUGGGGCUUGUGUGGAGGCCAGGUUCUGUGGGGAGUUGGAGGAGGAAGGAUAGCAGCGAGAGUAGUGAUAGUGAUGCGGAUAGUGGGUUGGGGAAGGAGAUGGAUGUGGUGGUUUAAAGGAGGGGAUCGCCGCCGCCGUAUCCUCCCAGGCCGGAGGCGGUUUGAGGAGGAUUUGCACGCUAAGUCUUAGAUGGAGAUGGGUAAAAUUUGGAAGCGAGUAUGAGAGCCGGGGUGGUCGUUGAUGAGUUGAUGAGUUGAUUCACUGAUAGAAGUUAGAUAUAGUUAGUAACUUUUAACGAUAUAGAUGAAUGAUGAAAGUGCACAGCCUCAAGACGGACUCCGAACAGACCAAUAAGAG